AUGAGUAUUAGUCCCCGGAGGAGCCUGAGCAAGAGCCUGAGUGCUAGUCCAAAGAGAAGUGUUAGCAGGAGUCGCAGUUCUAGUAGAAGCCAUCCUCAUGUAUCACAGAGGAGUGUCAGCAGAAGCCCUGUUAGAAGUGGCAGCAGCAGGAGCCCAGCUAGAAGUUUCAGCAGAAGUCCUGUGAGGGCAAAGAAGGCUAGAAGCAUAAGCACGAGCCCAGUGAGAUCUCGGUCUCGAAGAAGUUUCAGUAGGAGCCCUGUAAGAGCACCACCUCGAAGAAGCCGAAGCAGGAACCCUGUGAGAUCUCAGUCUCGAUCAUUGCAAAAAUCAAUUAGCAGAAGUCCUUUAAAAGAUUCCAGGAGGAGCAUAAGCAGAACCCCAGUUAGAUCUUCUCGGAGAAGCGUUAGCAUUAGCCCUGCUCGAUCUUCUCGUAGAAGCAUCAGCAGAAGUCCUGUUCGAUCUUCUCAGAGAAGCAUUGGCAGAACCCCAGUUAGAUCUUCGAGGAGAAGUAUCAGCAAAAGCCCUAUUAGAUCUUCCAGGAGGAGCAUAAGCAGAAGCCCAGUUAGAUCUUCUCGGAGAAGCAUAAGCAGAAGCCCAGUUAGAUCUUCUCGGAGAAGCAUAAGCAGAAGCUCUGGUAGGGCUCCUUCAAGGAGGAGAAGCAUUAGCAGAAGUCCAAUUAGGGCACCAAGCAGGAAUGAUCGGCGCAGCUACUCAAGAAGCCCUAGCAUACGUAGGGCAAGGUCUCCUGAUCGAAGAAGUUUGUCAAGAAGUGUUUCCCCGAAUGGGUCUCCCAAGCGCAUCAGGAGGGGAAGGGGUUUCAGUCAACGAUACGCUUAUGCUCGGAGAUAUAGAACCCCCUCUCCAGAGCGUUCUCCUGUGAGAUCCUUCCGUUAUAGCGGCCGUGAUAGGUACCUGGCAAGCCAACUUCCUUUGGUUUUUUGUUCACGUCCUGUUCUGAUAUAUUUUGGUCAUGUGAACUAUCAUACUAACUACAUGAUGUAUUUUCUUAAAUGA